AUGGUGUGUGGGGGAACGUCCAAGGGACCGAUCUCACUGGCGUAAACGUAAACUCCCCAGCCCGCGCUGCGGCUGGUUCAGAGAAUCCAGCCCGUGCCACAGCUGGUUCAGAGACUCCGGCCCGCGCCGCAGCUGGUUCAGGUGAGCUUUUCAAUAAACCCUCCACCAACUUCUCCAAUUGCCGAACACGUUCCUCGGAGUCGAUACGACGGGCUUCGGACUCCUCGAGGCGGCUUUCAAGGGAUGAUAGGGCAGUGGCGGUGUGGUAGGUAUGAAGGAACAAUAUACCACUGCACCAAAAGGCGAGGCACCUCUACUUCAGUGAGCGCAUAUUGUCCUAGAAGUGAGAUGGAGCGAAGUUCAACAGUAGGGUUUCCCCGAGAUCACUUCCGAGGAACGACUGUCGCGGCCGGUCCACGCCAAGCUCGCGGCGCGGAACUCGGACUCCAAGAUCACAGCACUGCGCUUGGGCAACGGAGAGCUAACGCAUGACAUUGAUGUCGCUCUUGACCACACGCAGGCGCAUUUCCAGCGCCUCUACCACAUCGAGCCUCGUGAUCCGGAACGCGUCGACCGACUUCGGGACGAACUCCUCGUGCCGAUCAGGGCGGCACGGACUUGCGACGACCCGCGCUCAGAUCCGCUCUUUCUGCGCCGACUCUCGGAAGCGCAGAUUGAUCUCCUCCAGCAACCCAUCACCGAGGACGAGGUCGUGGCCGCGAUCGGGACGACGCACCCGGGGAGAUCGCCGGGCCCGUCGGGCGUGCCUUACGAACUCUAUCAGACCGCACCGGAGGCGUGGUCCAAGGUGCUGACCAAGGCCUACAACGCGAUGAUCGAGCGCGGUUCACUCUCUCCCAAGCAGGGCCAGGGACUCGUGCGCCUCAUCUUCAAGCGCCACAAGAAGAAUGCCGAUCGCGCCGAACUCUCGUCGUAUCGCCCCAUCACCCUGCGCGAGUGCGAUUACAAGAUUUUUACCAAGGUCUACGUCGCCCGAUUGAACCAAAUUCUGCCCGAUCUCCUCCCGCCGCAGCAGCACGGCUUCGUCAAGGACCGCCGAUCGGCCGACGCUGCACUACACCUUCGUCUCCUGAUCGAGGAACUUGGCGCGCGCAGGACCGAGUUCCCCGCGGCCGCGCUCUUGUCUCUUGACCAAUCAUCCGCCUACGACCUCGUCGAGCAUGACUGGAUCUUUGCCAUCUUCGACACUCUGGGCGCUCCUACCACCUUUCUUCGCAUGCUGAGGAUGCUCUACUCGGGUGACUCGACCUCGGUGCGCUACAUCAUCAAUGGGUUCCUGACGGCGCCGGUGCGACUGACGUGUGGGCUCGGCCAAGGGGACCCGGCGUCAUCGUCGGUCUGGGACAUCGUGUUUCAGCCGUUCCUGGAUGCUCUACACCGUCGAAACAUCGCGCUGAAUCUCUCCAUACCUGCACUUCAUCCGUACCCACAGAGCCGCGCCAUUACAUCACUUGCAUUUGCCGAUGACGUUGUCGUCGCCGUCGCGGGCUUGGAGUCACUCAACUUGCUCGAUGACCUGGCGCUCGACUGGAGGCAUGCAACGAAUGGCCGGCUCAACACGGACAAGACGGUCGUCCUACCGAUUGGACGUCGCUGGGACCCUGGCGAAUGGCCAAUCGUCGUCAAGGCCGCAGGCGAGUCGCUCGAGUGGAUCGGCCUCCCCUUCGACCCCAGCGGCGACACCGAACUCGCCUACGCGAAUCUCAUCGAACGGCUCGAGGCGACGCUGGAAGCGGUUCAGCAUCGCUGGCUCACGCACCACACCCGUGCCUUUUACGUCAAUCGGUACGCCAUUCCCAAGAUCCUGCAUUUCCUUGCAGCCGACAUCCCGCCGCCCGAAGUCGUCAAGAAGCUCGAUGACAUGCUCGUCGAUUUCGUCCGUGGGGGCAAGGGCAGGACCAGCUACGGCAGAGACAUUGUGUUCACCGCCAAGAACAAGGGGGGACUCGGGGUGAUAAGGAUGCGGGACGUUGUGGACGCGGUUGCGGCACGGCUCUGGGACGUUCUUCUUGGCGGUUCCGGCGCGAUUUGGCAAGGACUUGCGCGCGCAUCACUCCAGCGAGCUCAGCCCGACCUCGACCUGGCCACCGAUCUCUGGCCACAUCCAUCCACUCCCAUCCCCAACGACCUUCAUCCCCGAUGGCACGCCGCACUGGGCGUUCCGAAACUUCACGACGCGCAGGUCAACCCGAGGGCCUUGACCACCGCGAACCUGCUCGGCAGCCUCCACACCCCCAUCAGAGGGAGACAGACCAUCGACGCGGUUCAUGUACCUGACUACCUUCGUCUCCAGGGCUACCCGAAGGUGGCGGAUCUCUAUCGACGCGAGUUGUAUGCGGGUGGGGGGUUUCACCUCUGGAUGCCGCCGGCGGAUGUGCUCGGCGACAACAGCGAGUACGAUCGACGCGGGCUCCCGCAGCGACUGGCAAUCGCGGCCUGGUACCGGUUCACUGUCGAUCGACACAAGAACACCCCCUUGGCGGCGGCGGUGGCGGCGGGACGACUCAACGUGCCUCCCCGGAUCGGCACCAGCGCACCACUCGAGGCGAUCAUCCCCAAGCCCGUGGCCCGCUUCGCAAUGGAGCAGCGCCUUCCGGACCCGGUGCUUCCACAACAGGCGAGCCAGUAUACGCUGCUGAACAUGGCUCGCCCCUACACAGUCCGUCGCAUCCGCCGGGUCCUGAACGCGAAGGCAUUUACCAACAUGCUCGGGCUCAAGGGACCACCGCAGCCGGACGACCUCAGGAGCUUCUGGAAGGCAGUCAACUCGAAGGCACUGACGGCGAGGGAGAGGGAAGUUUGGUUCAAGCUGAUCCUCCGCUUCACCCCGACGCGCAAACUCCAGCACGAGCAAAAGCACGACACUUCUCCCGCGUGCUUCGUCUGCGAAGCGCCGGUGGACGACACCGAUCACUACUUCUUCGGCUGCUUCGACUCGCGAAACGUCUGGAUCGCGGCGAGGGGCGUGCUCUGCGACGCGCUCGGAUGCGACACAAUCGAGGGCGCCGAGUACACGACGCUUCAACGACUCUUUGGCCUCCCCAAGCUCAAGGCCAAGCUCAGCGCACAGGAAGGCGCGGGCAGGACGAUCGAGAUCUUCACGGGGAUGGUUUUGGAGAUGAUCAGCAGUGGGAGAUGGAGGAUGCAGAAGCACGGGACGAGGAUGGAAAGCGUGGAGAGGAGGAGGGUGGUACUGGAGGAGAGGAUGAAGUUGAGGGCGGGAGGAGCAAGAGGCAGGCGAGGGCAGUAG